CCAUGACACAUCGUCAAAUCACAAAUUCAACGCUGCGUCAGGCGAUCCGCAAUGCUUCCGCACCCUCACCAUCUCACAAACCUAACUCUGCCGCUCGCAGACUCGCACUCUGACGGUGUGCGCCGAUGAUCUGCGCUUUCUUGCCCUCCACUUGCGCCCCAGACUACCUUGACUGGUCAUUUUGAGCAUCCAUUUCAGGUCAACUUGCCAAGAGCGUGGAGAGACACCUCGACCUCUCGAGAGAGUUGCGCGGCCUCACGUGGGACGGAAAAGCGGACGACAGACAGACGUGGGGAGGUACAGAUCUGCAAAAAGAAACAAACGGUCCGCAUCUCCUUUGAAGCGGAGGGGGGACUCGCCAUCGAGGUCGGACGCAGUGCGGAAGAAAAAUGUGGUCAAGCAUCAAUGUCGGUUCAUGCUCUGCUCAAAUGCUCUCGUAUUGCGACUCUACCCCAGUGGCAACAUUGACGAGCGCGAGAUCGAGCAGUACGUCAAGUCAUGCCACCUUGAAUGCUCCUUCUUCGUCUUCUUCAGUCAGCUCGACGCGGUCUGAAGCUAAGGUCACGUCUAAAGCCUCCAUUCCGCCCUAUGCAACGCUCAUAUCGGGAGGCGCAUCAGGUCUGGCAUCAUGCCUGCUGCUACAACCUCUUGAUCUGCUCAAGACGCGCAUGCAACAAUCCCCAAGGUUACGUUCUGCUGAUGAUGGGAAUGGCACGCGUGGCAGGGACUGGAGCGCGACGGGAAGAACUAGGAGGUUGGUGGGCGUUGCUAGAAAUGUGGUGAAUGAAGAAGGUGUGAAGGGUUUAUGGAGAGGAACGGGUCCCACUGUGGUUAGGAAUGUGCCGGGCGUAGCGCUUUACUUUUACUCGGUCACGGAACUCAGAAGGUUUUUGUCCAAUGCAAACGUACCCAUCUUGUCCGUUGCUCCCCAGAUCACCUCUAGCACGGGCAAGGGUAAGGGCAAGGAGAGCACAAUGGCAAGUCUGAGUGCUAUUGGGAAUUUGACCACCGGUGCAGCGGCCCGAACUGCGAUAGGCUUUGUCUUGUGUCCCGUGACCGUAGUCAAGGCGCGCUUCGAGUCGUCUAAUUUUGCGCCAACCGCAUACAAGUCGAUUUCCUCCGCCCUGGUGCACAUCUACAAGACGGAUGGUGUAAGGGGCUUGUUUCAAGGAUUCACGGCGACGGCGCUUAGGGAUGCGCCCUACGCUGGUCUGUACAUGGCUUGCUACGAGAGCUGCAAACAUUGGCUGGGCAGCGUAUCCGAUCGAGGAUCAGGUUCGACCAGGGUUGUCAUGGCCAGCGGUCUGAUAGCGGGCACAACCGCGACGCUCUUGACCCAUCCUUUCGACAUCCUCAAGACGCGUCUACAAACUACACCUCGGUCCGCCAUCAGCGUCAAGGCCAAUGCCAGCGCUGUCGCCCUUGGCACCAACACCGCAUCGCAGAGAUCCGCUUCCACGACGCUCAUUUCGCUCACGCGAGAAAUGCUGAGCAAAGAAGGUGCGGGUGCUUUUCUGGACGGAUUGGGAUUGAGAUGCGCUAGAAAGGCUGCGAGCAGCGCUAUCGGGUGGGGCAUCUUUGAGUAUGGCAGGAAUGCUUGGUUGAGAUUAAGGCACGCUUGAUAUCGACCGGACUCCUCCAACAGCAAGGUGGGGGGGGAGAGGUUUGUGUAAAGAGCGUGCAGGCAUGCCACGCCACGGCGCGAUCGGAUCGAAGGGGCGCGCGGGGAGUUGAAGUGCAAUGGAUGGGAACAAGGGAGAGCAAAUUUCCCGCUUCGAUCCUCAUCAAGCCAAUCAUCGCACGAGCCGAUGUCUAGGAAAGGAAUAGCAUGAUACACGGGGGAAUUUGCAGGUGCUACACGAGGCUGUCGAGGUGCGCAAUUGUAAUUACCAGACUGUGCCGUAGCCG